CUGUAUAUAAUGGUUGAGCAGCUGAUGGGGACGAGAGGCUGCUAAACUGGUUAGCAGGUAUAAACACUCCGGCUUUAAAAUGUCAGCGAUGAACCGAACAGUUUUUAUUUGCCCAUUCAUCGCUGUUAGGUUAUGGUGCGACUUCUUCAUCCAUGAACUUCCCCACAAGGAUAACAGAAAAUGGAUUAUCGCCCUCAGAUCUCACCGAGGAGGACAUAGACAAUCUACAGAUUGAACUUACAAAGAUGGAGGAGGAAAUUCAGACCUUGCGGCAGGUACUUUUUGCCAAAGAAAAAUAUGCAGCAGACAUUAGGAGGCAGCUGGGCAUGGGUCCCCUCAGUAACAUCAAACAGAACUUGUCCAAAGGCUGGCAAGACGUCCAGACCUCAGCCCCAUACCUGACAGCCUCGGCCACUUUGGAUGACAUCAGCCACUCUAACGCAUAUGUGAGGACAUGGGACGGUCUCUCACAUGCAGGCCAUGUGACAUCUUCUGCACUGUCCAACAUGGGCAUGGUCAUCACAAGGCGACUUGCAGAAAUGAGAGCUCUGCCUCUCCCGAGCCCACCACGCACCCUGAGCCACACCAUCAGUGUGCCAGCUAUGAGACACUCCAACACAUUCAAGUCAUUCGAGGAAAUGGUUGGCAAUGUGAAGGACAAGGUGACGGGCAAUUCGACAACUAAUGGAGACACUGCUGGGUUUGAAAGAAGAUUCUCACGCCACAGCACAUGAGAUGGACCCUCGGAGCAAGUUGCAAUGGAUGAAUAACAUAUGCUACCAUGUCCUUUGGAACUGUCCGUUGAUAUUUCUGACCUUUGCGUCAAUACAAGACAACUCGUAGAAAGUA